AUGACACGUGUAUUUUUUGUCCUUCUCAUAGGGAUUGUUCUAGGUAUCGACUAUUACGAAGUUCUUGAAGUUUCUCCAGAUGCAGAUGAAUCUGAAAUAAAAAAAGCCUUCAGAAGUCUAAGUAGAAAAUACCACCCAGAUAAAAACCCUGGAAAUGAGGAGGCUCACAAAAAAUACUUACUCCCCCCCCCCCCCUCCGUGAGCGAACAAAACCAUUAGAAAAAUCGCCAUUUUUUGACCAAAAACCCACCCUCCGUGAGUGAACAAAAAUUUUUUUUAAGAAAAAAUUUUUAAUGGAAAAAAAUUUUGAUAUAUAAGUGAUAAUUAGUAUAAUGAAAUCUAGAGCUAAUUCUGUUUAAUUUUAAACAAAUUGCGUUUUAAAACAUAAAUUUUGCAAAUUAAAUUAAUAUUUGCUUCCCAAUUUUUGCAAAUUAGGAUUUUUUUAAAUUUCGAAAAAAAAUAUUUUUUAUAAAAUUUAUAUAUAAAUUUUUUUUAAAAAAAAAAAUUAACCCCCCUCCGUGAGCGAACAAAAUUUUUUUGUUCGCUCACGGAGGGGGGGGGGAGUUAGAAGUCACAAAAGCAAACGAAAUUCUGUCUGACUCUGCGAAGAGGCAAAUCUAUGAUAUUUAUGGAGAAGAUGGGCUUAAUGAUCAGCAGCUCUUCAAUAGGCGACGAGGCCCGAAUUUUCGAUUUGAAUUAGAAGUUGAUUUAGAAGAUGUCUAUAAUGGCCUUGCUAAAGAAACCACUAUAAGGAGAAACGAACUCUGCAAAAAAUGCAAAGGAACAGGAGCAAAAGACAAAAAAACUGUCCCUUGUAAAGCAUGCGGAGGCAAAGGUGUAAGACUUCAAAAUGUGGGUGGCUUUGGAUUUAACAUGCAAAUGCAAGUCCAGUGCGAAAGAUGUGGAGGAAGAGGGUUUGUAAGAUUUAUUUAGCUUGCUGCAGAGAGAUGUCCUAAUUGUGGAGGGCAAAAGGUGGUAAAUGCAUUGAAAACUCUUAAUGUACAGAUUGAGCCAGGGAUGGACAAUGGAUCUGAAAUUAUAUUUCCAGGACAAAGUGAGCAAAGCCCUGAUUGGUUUCCUGGGGACAUUAUCUUUGUCCUUAAAUUGAAGCCUCAUACACGUUUUGAAAGGAAAGGAAACGAUUUAUCGACUUCUAUUAGAUUGACGCUGAAAGAAGCUUUGCUAGGGUAUUCGAAACAAAUUAGCCAUCUUGAUGGACAUGUAGUGCAGAUUGAUUACACUGGGGUAACACAGCCAGAAUCCGUGAGGAUUAUUAAAGGUGAAGGAAUGCCUCAUCAAGAUGUCCCAUCAAAUAAAGGGAAUUUGCAUGUGAGGUUUAUAGUGGAUUUACCAGGAAAAUUGACUCCUGACCAAGAAAAUACAAUUAAGCAAUUGUUUCCUCGUUAG